AUGUCAGGGCGAUUUGCUGAAUACCUUUCCGAAGCCAAACAGAAAGAACUCCGGGAUAUCGCCAAUGCGAUCGUUGCCCCUGGCAAAGGCAUCUUGGCUGCUGAUGAGAGUGUUUCAACCAUUGGAAAACGUUUCAAAAGCAUUAACUUGGAAAAUACAGAAGAAAACCGGCGGCUUUACAGACAGCUCCUUUUUAGUACCGACCCCUGCCUAGCCAAGCAUAUUUCCGGAGUUAUCCUCUUCCACGACACUGUCUACCAAAAAACAGACGAUGGAACUCCCCUCAUUAAACUGCUUCAAGAUCGUGGUAUUAUCCCCGGAAUCAAAGUCGAUAAAGGUGUUGUGCCUCUAGCUGGCACCUGGGAUGAGGGAACAACUCAGGGUCUGGAUGGCCUGAGUGAGAGGUGCGCUCAGUACAAGAAGGAUGGCUGUCACUUUGCCAAAUGGCGAUGUGUAUUGAAGAUUACUGACAGGACCCCAUCAUAUCAGGCCAUGAUGGAGAACGCCAACGUUUUGGCGAGGUAUGCUAACGGAAUCGUUCCUAUUGUGGAACCGGAGGUCUUGCCCGAUGGAACUCACGACCUAUACGUUGCUCAGCGUGUCACGGAAGAGGUUCUGGCUUGGCAGUACAAGGCAUUAGCGGAUCAUCACGUGUACCUUGAGGGCACGCUUCUAAAGCCGAACAUGAUCACCGCCGGCCAUUCAUGCAGCCAAAAGUUCUCUAAGGAGCAGAAUGCUCUCGCGACAGUCCAAUGUCUUCAAAGACGUGUACCGGCUGCUGUACCGGGUAUCGUCUUUUUGUCCGGAGGUAUGUCGGAAGCAGACGCAACCUACAACCUGAAUGCUAUCAAUGCUUUGCCGGGCAAGAAGCCCUGGGCACUAACCUUCAGCUUCGGAAGAGCUCUCCAGGCCUCUGUUAUCAAGAUCUGGCAGGGCAAGAAAGAAAAUACUCAGGCUGCCCAGAACGAGCUUUUGAAAUUGGCUAAUGCCAACGGUCUGGCAGCACUGGGAAAAUUCGAGGGAACAUUAGAGACGGCCGCUGGAGGACAGUCUCUGUUCGUCGCCAAUCAUGCAUACUGA